AUGGUUUUGGUUAAGACGAUGUUUAUACGAAGUCCACUAGAGUUCGGAGCGUGGCUAUCUACUGCGCUACCCCUCGUUUUUAUUGUGGUCAAUAACAGUGAGUCGUGCGGUAAGUUUAUUUGUCUCCUGCGAUCAAAAUUUAUUGCUUUCGAUCAAGGCACGAGUGGUCGUCCUGUUUCCGUGCUUACGUGUGUCAAAACAAAUCUGUUUUCCGAUUUUCUCGAAAACGAAAUUUUUAAUUUUGGCUCUUACCAUAAAUUUUACCCUUCUAUUCUUAUAUAGUCUCUCUUAACUUGUUAGAUUAACAGAUAAAAUGUAAAUAUAAGAAAGAGUUACAGAUAACAACUCAUGCAUUUGAAAUUAAUUUAGAAACAGUGAAGAUCUCCAAGUCUUCUUGUUUUCAUCAAGUUGACACAUCCUUAUCAUCAUGGGGUGCCAUAUUUUUUUUACACUUGUCCUUUUCAUUUUGUGUGUUCCUACAUUAAGCUUUAGGUACUAACCUAUUUUAAAUUGAAAUUCAGUGUAACCUCAUUUAACUUUAGCUAGAAUAUAUUUCACUCACCAUUUCUGUUGAUCACGAUCCAAUUCUCAGACUAAAUUCAAUGGAAAGUGUUGACAUUACAUUAAUUUAACUUACAAUAUAUGGAUUUUGACUUGUAUAGGUGACAGUUGACUAUAAUUAUCUAUUUGAAAAAAAAAAAACCACACACUACUCAAGGCACUUAUUGCUUAGAUACUGGUACUUCUACCGAAAAUAUCGACAAAUUCUUGUUUAAAGUGUUGUGAUUGAGAUAUUUAUGAAUUGAAAAGUAAUUAUAACAACCUGUUACAAUCAAGAUGAAAGAUUUCAAAAGCAAAGAUCAUUAGGGAGCCUGUCUUUAUCAGCAUAGGCCAGUAAUUAAAAAUUUUCAAAAUUAUGUAUUUCUUUCAAUAAUUAGAAGAUGUCAUCAGGUAGUCACUUGAACUGACCCUUCUUCCCAAAUGUUUACUUUGAAAAAAAAAAUUUGUUAUCCUUGUUGUAGUAUCUUGAACCUAUGAAUUUCAAAUCCAGUAAAAUGUUUUCCAAUUCCUGCAAGCUCUUUGUAAGAAUUCACCAGACGCAACAACCUAACUAUUACUUUUGAUUUUAGUUCUAAGGGUUUCUUGUUAAAUAAGAAAUCAUCUCCUGGUUGUUGUUGUUUUUUUAAUUCUCAUUACUACCAGGCUUGGCAAUGUAAUAAUAUUGUAAGGAGAAGUCAUAAGUUAAUUCCCUUCCUUCCUGGGUGGGCAUAAUUUGGUAUGCUUCUUUUUAUAGAAAUGUUUUAAAAUUAUUUUAUGACACAGUUUUUUUAAAUUCUACCUACUGAUAUGAAUUUUUAAUUUUUUUCGGAUGACACCAAAGUGAACACAGUAAAAAUCUUUUAAAUUUUACUCACUGAUGUGAACUUUUAAUUUUUCAGAUGAUAUCAAAAUGAACAAAGUUGCUCUGUUAUUUGGAAAUGUUACGAUAUCUCAUUGGAAUACUGGAAACAAAACAUUGCUUUUUCAGAAAAGCACAGUGGAUGCUGUCAACUUGCACUGCUCUCAAAAUCCCAACCAGUGUUCUAUGAAUUUCUGGAAUGACUCAAGGUAUUCUGGGAAAAGUGGAGAUAUCCAAAGUAAAAAUCAUUAUGGGACUUUUGCUGAUUAAUUAAGUACAACUGUUUUCCUCUCUGUAGAUCAAUUCAAUAAAAGUAAUUCAGGACAACAUGAACACUUGCACCACCCACCUUAACACCCUAACAUCAGUAUUUAUAUUCUCCAUACUGUACUCUGUACAUUUACUAAGGUGCUGACAAGGAGAAUUUGUCUAACAAUCAAGAGUUCUUUUGUUGGUGAUUAUUUCCUUUAUUCUCAUGACAUUGAUGUGUGAUUCAAUGGUGGUAUUGUAAGGAGAAAAUAGAUCCUAGUCACUCUUAGGGGUUUAAGGGUUAAUAAGUUUCCCACAAAUCAGUCAGUUGUCUCUUUGCUAUUUUUGCCACUCAUCGGCUCAUGAGGUUAUAAACUUAUGUUCUGAUUAGCUAUUUGGUUUGUUGACAGUAGAUUAAAAUUACUGUUCUCUUUCAACAUCUUGUGGAUAAUCCUUUGUAACUUUUUCACUCACCUGCCAGCGUAGCUAACAGCUGAUUAUCAUUUUCAGAAAAUUUACCACCAAAAAUGCAGCAUUUGUUGAAUCUCCCAAACAAGAAAAAAAUGAUGUUUUGAUCCAGUUGUUUGUGACCUUGCCUGAAGGAAGAGACCUCCGACAAGACAGCUGCAGUGUUGUUCCUGGAACAACUCUCCUGGAAAUUGUACAAGAUUUUAAGCACAACCUUUCAUCUGUGGUAGGAGUCGAAAUCAAGUCAGUCACACUGAACAGCAAAUCGGAAGGAGGCAGAAAUGAUAAUAAAUUAAACUAUAUAAUGAUACCGAUAAGCUUUUCUGUGUUGGUCAUCUUGUGCCUUGUGGCCUGUUGUCUUCACAAUGCCAGGUAUGUCUCAAUCUAUGAAAAUUAUAUCACUUUUAAAGAUAUGAUCUUUGCAUAUAGGCUCCAAUGAAUAAAAGCAAUUGCAGAAAGAAGCAUCACAAUAUUAAGGCUUCAACAGACAUGUGAUUUUGAAGUUCAUUUGGUGGAAACGCUGUAUGAUUGUUUGCAAGAGGCACAGGUUUGAAUCUUGUUGUCACCUGAAUUUGUCAAGCUUCUAUUCUACAAUUGCUUUAUUUGCAACAUACCUGUUUUAUAUAUUUUAUUUACAUGUAGAUCAUCUGUCUGUCUAAAUGUCAUUUAUCUCAUUACAUUGUGAAUUCCUCUACAAAAAAAGAAGUUCUACUUAAAUUUGCCCCACUCCAAGCUUGUGCCUUUGUAGCUUAGUUGGUCACAGCACCCUAACUACUACCCAGUAGGCCUGGGUUUGAAAUCCAUCAUAGCCUGAAAUUUUUCAGACAUCUUUGCUUUGAUUACUGGAAUUGCAGCUCACCUGCAAAUACCAUUCCUUUUACAUGUAUUUCAUGCAAGGGUAAAUAUUGUUUACUUAAUUACGUUAGAUCACUGGCUGGAUAAUGAAGAUGACUAGCUAUGUAGUGAUUGAUUGCUAUCAAUAAUAUUUUUGAGAGGGAAACUUGACUUUUUACUGCAAUUCAUUUAGAAUUCGUAUUUCUUUCUUUGUCGCUUUUUCAUCGAUGUUCUAAUUUUUUUUUUUUUGGCGUAGUUUUUCUUUUGUUUGUGUCAUUCGUAUAAAUUCAUUCGGCUUCAUCAUUUAAACUGUGCUGGAUCGUUUUCCUCAAUCGUUUUAUUUCGUCCUGAACCGUUAACCAGCCAUUUGUCCCCGGAUCUCGUACAACUCUAUUUUGUUUUCUCGUUUGUCGAUUUCUUUACGCAUAAUUGUCGUAACUUAUUAUUUGAAAUUUUAUUUUAGCAACCGCUUCGAUUGUUCAGUUCGCAACAAUACUGCGGUUUGUUUCUUUUAUUGUUAAAGAAAAUUAAAGAGUAUGUUUUGAACAUGUAGGAGUAACUUUGGUCCUAUCAUUUCAUAAUUAUUUAAAGUUCUCUUUACACUUUGUUUUCAAAUUUGUGUUUCUUGAAUAGCAUGUAUUAUUGCCCAUACAAUAUGAGGAAGUAACUGAAGAUCUUGAGACGCAUCGUGUCAUACAAAAUAGCAAUAUAACUAUACGAAUAAUCCGUGUCUCAUGCGAUCAAAGCUUAUGAGUUAAACUAAGACAAUUUCCGUGCCAGCUGUAUAGUUUUAGUCAUUGUCAGAAGACAAGAGACUUUUAACCGAAUGAUUCUGGCAUUCGAGGAAGUUAUAUCCAGCUUUCUUCCACCAUUCGACCACUUUUCUCACGCACUUUGUUGAAUGUGGAUGCAUUUCCCAGCUGUCAUCCGAGUGAUAAUCGUCGCCGUGAGUAGGAUUGAAAGCGCCUGAAAUGGUCUUAAACUCACCAUUCAUGAUUCCAAAUCCUUCACCGACCACGUUCACCUUUUUGCAUGAUUCCCCGAAAGCUCUUCUGUAUAUGAUGCCGUGGACUUUUCUCGGUUCGUUCGGCCAUUUUUUCUGUAGCUCUUUAAAUUCUUCGGUGUCAGUUUGCAUGAUAACAACAUAUCCACUUUUGCCGUGUGUUCCAUUUGCCGUGUACCAAUCUCCUUCUCCUUCGCGGCCGUAGAUUAUGAUUCCUCCGUACAUGAAACAACCUCCUCGGUAUGGAUCUGAUUUGCACGAGAUGUGAAUCGUGUCAACGACGAAACGCCUGCCUUUCAAACUACCACCACGUCGUGGCAAGACCAUAAAGCAAUCAUUUUCUUCUUCUCCCUCUACGUAUGCUGCGAAUGACAUUUUUCCUGUAGUAAUUUUCAGUCUACGUCUGAGAUCUAUUGAUCACAAAGAGUUAUUGAUCAGGCUUGCGUUGAAAAAUGAAAGCCUUCUCAUGUAGCGGAUAAACUUUCCAAAGCUCAGCGCGGAACCAGUUUGCAAUGUUGACAAACGUGACCUCACAUGAUUCAUGAGGAAGUCGCAGUGGCUAAUAUUCGCAAAUACGUCAAGAAAAUAAUGUUCUUUUUACUUCCGAAGCUUUGUGACAUUAAUGGAAUCAAAUUGAACUUCAAACUCACGAUAAGACUUCUUUGACACAUGUCUGGCAUGACUCAUGCCAUUAUCAGUUAUAUCCGUUGACUUUGUUUUUACAGUUACUCGUUACGUUAAAACUGGGAUAACAUUUCAAAUGAAGUGACAAUAUUUUAAAUGACAAUUAGCUUUACAAUAGUUUAAGUGCACGCUCACGGGCGCAAAUGUAGAAGGUUAGUCUAAGCAAAAAAAUGAUAUGUUCUUAUUGACCGAUUGGUAGGGCUGUGCGGGAAAAUAUUUGGCUUGAGUUCAUCACAUACGAACCGAGCGCAAGCGGCCACGCUAUAACGCUUCCUUUGUUCAAGGCAAUAAGAAGUUUUGGCUGCGUCAAGAAUUUGAAGGACUCAGCCGAACAUUUUUUUUUUACAUCUAGGAAAGGGACGCAAGUGCUUGUGUAUAUACGAAUUUUUGUCUGGCAAUAGAUGUUCCUUCACCUUUGUGGAAAAUUGGCGAGUUGUCUCUCUGGUCAAUGUAACAGGAGUUACAUCCUGCAUAUUUAAAAUUAUAUAUCAGUAGGGAUUUUAACGCAUCCGGAAUGGGGUCUUUAAAGCUUAAGUAAUUUUUUAUUUUUAUUUUGAAAGAGGUUGAGGCAAUCCUUAAGUCAAGAUCUUUGCUGAAAAUAUUUGACACUUCUGUAAGAGCGCCUUAAACUCAGUGGAUUUUCCAACUUUGAGAUCUUUCUUUUUAAAGUAAAGAUUACAAAGUUCCUUAAGUUUCGAAAUUUCGUAGACAUAGGCUUUCUGGAACGAUAAUAUUAAUAUGAUAAUCGUGUAGUUGUCAUUAUUUCAUUCAUUGAAUUUGCAUAAUCAUCUUUAUAUUCGUAUUUCCUGACAGCGAAAAGAGACGGAAAGCAAUAGCCACUGAAAGGAGAAAACAAGCUACGAAGAAGCUGCGUGAAAAUAUUUCAGAAUCUUCAGAAGCCAGUCACAAAGAGGAACGUGUUCCGGUGGAGAGCACUGCCCAAGGAGAUGUAUCAAUAACAGUCGCUCACGGAGAUUCAAGAAGGGAGAAACGAAAAGAGCCCAAAAUUGGAGGAGUCCAUCUGCACAGUGAUCAACAAGAACACGUUGAAAAUAACGAAAGUCGCGACUUGAAGAGGAGAAGGAAAAAGAGAGUUAAGCAAAGCAGAGUUAAUACUACAACUUUGACGCCUGCAGUGACCUGUGGUCAGUUGGAAGAAGAUGAAAGGGAACGUGUUCCAACACCGAUGCCAGUCCAUCACGGUCUAAGCACUAGAACAGAUCCAGGGGAGAGCUUUCACGAUGGGCUAAGGCACAAGAAGAAAAAGAAACAUAAGAGACCACAUCAUGAAAUUAAAGAACAGGACGAGGGGUUUGCUGAAGACAGCGAGACACGGCAGGCUGGGAAUUCGGAGGACUCUCUGAUAAAAAAUCUGCCCCGUCCUCGAAAAUUGAUCCCGUUGCAGGAGAAAAGCCAAGCAACCCCUCAAGUAUAAAAAGAAAUAUGUCUUCUCCAAAGGUUCAUUUUUUAAGUUAUUAUUUAUAUAUUUUUAAUGAGGCCACUUUAUGAGUUGUAAGAUGACGUGGGACCUCUCUAGGUUGACAGUUAAUUUAAAGCCAGAACUGUCGGUUUAUUAUCGAUAUUCCCGAAUCAGACACCUCGGAAUGCGGACAUUUACCUCAAGCUUACAAUAAAUCAUAAAACCGUUCUGUUUUAGGAAAGGGUUUUAGACAAAAGCAGUGCACAAAAUAAUUUUAGGUAAUUUUACAUACCAUUUGUUCCUUUUUUUUUCUUUUAACGUCAUCAAAUUUUUUGUGAAUCUUUGAGUUCACAUGUUUUUUAUUGCCCACUAAAAAAAAAGGUUCCUUAAAUAUUGAAAUCGCUGGAUGCAUCCAGUGAAACGAAUUGGUAAUGUAACAGCACAUGGAAUCGUGUUUUCCUUCAGAUGCCAAUAGAAAUGAAUAUAGUUACGACCACUUAAAUAUUUCAGAACAUAUUUAUAAACUUACAUUGCAACCAAUGAGUUGAUAUUUCUCCAAACUGCAUACAGCAAAUGUUGACCCCAGACUACAAUCAUAUUCGUCCUUAAAAUAUCACCCCUGAAUUACACGUAAAGGUCACGAGAAUAAAGGACAUGAUCAC